GACGGGGGCACCAAAAUCUUCACGGGGGCGGCAAAUAUUUAGCCGACACGAAAAAAUGAAAUAAAAUAAAAAUUACAAAAAUAUAUUUCCAAAAACAAACCAAAACAAAACUAAAGCGUUUGGCUAGCUAAAAUAGUACCAGUAGCUAGUGAGCCAAUACAGCGGAUUUUUAUUUGCUAGCUAGCUAGCAGUCUAGCUAACGGUUUGAUAACAUUGCAGACGGACCGAUGGGGGAGGCCAUUGCAACUAGUUUUCGAGCGUAUGUAAAAAUAUAAUUUAAACCAGCCGUUUGUGGUUUUGUUUUAAUUUUGUGCGGUUCACCCCCAUCUGCUUGUCCUGUUUUUCAGAUCGGGCGCUUGCUUUUACGGGGAGUGGCAGGCAAACACCGUAUCCUUGCACAUGGCUAGCUAGGCUAGCUAAAAACAUCUGACAGACGGCUUGCUACCUAGCUAGCGAAGUAUCUCUAUUGUUAUCCUUGUAAGCUAGCUAGGUGAGGUAGCUACCUAGCUAGCCUCUCGCUCUAUAUCGUGUAUCCAACUGCUAGCAAGCUGUAAUACUAGCUAACUGAUGUAAAAUAAAACGCUGCUGUCCUCCAACUUAGCUAGACUCUAGCUAAUCUAUCGUUACUUUUGUAUUUUUAGUUUGGAUUGGGUGAGACGCAGUCGGGGUAUCGAGAGAUGUGAUGACAACACGAAAUCAGUCUCUCCCUCCCUCCCUUAUUCCCCUCUGACUCGCAGUGCACAUAAAUAUGUAGCUAGCUAACUAACGUUAGCCACAUCCGUUUUAGUUAAAUGACAACCAUCCAGCCCAACAGCAUCCAGUGACAACAGAAAAUGGGACAUGGAAAUUCAGUCUUUUAAAAAGAAAUUUUCAAGUCAGAUCACAGUGUCUUCAGGAUGAAGAAGGAAGACAAACGCAGGCAGAGGGAAAAGGGGAACUAAAUCUCUCCAUGCACCAAAAGCAAGAAAAAAUAAACAAUGAAAGGAUAAAUACAGACGGUCUUUACCGUCUGUGGAAAAUACCGGAAAUUGACAGCAGAAAAGAUCUGGGCUAUGAUCAAACUGCUCUGUACUAUAAAUCCACAGGACCUGAAAACUGUAGAUCUUACAGAAAAGAGAUCAAGGACAAAGCUGACCCAUUUAAUUUCAUCAAUAAAAACUCAUACUGAAAAAUCAUCACUCCCAUCUCAAAUACUGUCCAAGGAAGAAGUACCCUAAUGAAGUUCAGAUACAGAGGCUGGACAAAGGAAAAAGGCCAGUUAUGCUAAUUCUGGGCAUUGUAAAAAAGUACGGCUGGAAAUCAGGUGUCAUCUAAAACAGGCAUUACACCUGCAUCUGUUUUCUGUGGGAUAUUAAACUGCAAUACCACCAUUGGUGACCUUGUUCAAAAUCGUCUUGUGACAAAGGAUAGUGACAGUGUUGGGGAACUUUGGUGUGCCAUAAUGGAGGCAUAUGGACAAAAUAAGUCAGAAAUACAGAAUAUUCAACAAAGCCAAUAAGACUAAUAUUUCAUUACCAUUACUGCACAAAGCAAAACUGUAUCCAAGAACCACAAAACAAGAAAGGUAUACAAUUUACACUGUACAAAUCAAAUACUACCAUUUUUAGUUUAUUAAUAAAUAACGUUUCAACAGUAAAUACAGGUUGUUAAUAGCUUUGCCUGGCAGAAAAUAAACUACCAAGGACUGAAUAAAACAAACCAUAAACACCAGGCAAUAAAACACUUGACAAGACAGCUCCCUCAUAAUCCUCAUCAGUUGCUCCUCUUGGAUGGAGAGUGGGGGCAACAGCCAAUCAUCAGCAGGAGGAGGGGACAGCAGCAGAGCUGCAGGGGCAAGCAGUAAUAGCAGCAGCAGUAGUAGCAGCAACCGAGGAGGGAGUGUGUCUGGAAGUAGUUCCCGGGGUAGUGGUGGGUCAAGCUCAGUUGCUCCAAGCCGUAGCUCUUCAGUGAGUGGUGGGGGGAUUAUCAUCUCCCCUUCUGGGGGUGGAGGAGUGGGGCCAGCACCACCUCCUUCAGGCGAGUGGGAGAUGUUCCAGUUUGGGAAAUACUCUAUGGACAUUCUAGAGAUGCUGAGUGGACACCAGGCCCACCAGUUUAAAGGUCUUGGAUUGGAGAGACAACUGCAGCAUCAGCAGCAAGUGCAGCUUCAACACCAGCAACAGCUACAGCAUCAACAGCAGCAGCCAGGUGAAACUUCAGGACCCCUUCUGUCUGGCCUUGGCCUGGGAGCAUUGCAAGGAUCUAGAGGCAAUGCCUUUGCUGACUCCUCUUCCAUUUUUGCCAAAAUGAGUGCCCCACCCCCGCCUAUACUACAGCAAACUCAGUCCUCAUCUUCACAAAGCUCGCGGAAGUCUAGCAAAAUGAGUGUGAAUAGUGGUAGUGGAGGUGGAAGUGGGGGCUCUGCAACAGGAUACCCACAGUUCCUGCGCUCUUUUCACCCAGCAGAGGCAGCUCUAGCUCAGGAGCAGCUGCACCCAGGAAUGGGACGUUUUGAGCACUUUGCCUCUGGGAGCAGCAGCGGAGGAGCAGCUGGUGUGAUUGGGGGGGUGGUGACCUCUGCUCCACCACCUCCGCCUUUACACCCAGGCCUCUCUCUUCCUCAGGCAUCUCCCGGACCUCCGUCUUCCUCUUCCUCUCCCUCAAGCUCAGCUUCCACCUCUAACAACCCUAGCAGCAGCAGUACUGUGGCUACCUUUGGACAGCAACUUGUCGGUGCUCAGUCUGAUGCUCGAAGCCUACACCAGCAGUUCAGCUGCAUGCUGGCAGCUAAUCAGUAUUUUCUCUCGGGGGUACCAGCGAAUGCCAGUUUGGAACAGUUUUUGGUUCAACAGGGUACCCACAACCAUCUUAGUGUUGGAUUGAGUCAGGGGGGUGGGGACUCAAAUUCAGGCCUAGCUCCACCCCCUGCUCUUCAUCCCUCUCACUCUCAUGGCCACCCUACACCACCCCAACAGCAGCAACAGCAACCACUGCCACCCCACGCAAUAUCACACCCCCACUCCCAUUCUCACCAUCCUCUCCACCCAACACCUCAGCCAUCUCCACUAAGCAGUUUUGAUUUUCAAGGCAUUCCUGUUCUCUCUUCCAAUCAGAUAGCCUCCCUGAUGCAACAAGAAAGUGGCUUACCUCUCCCUCUACCACUCCAUCUCUCUUUCUCCAAGGAUGAAGGGAAAGCGGAUGGUGGAGCUGGGGCAUCAGGAAGUGGAGGGGCAGGCAGGAGGAAAAAAGCUAUGGCUGGCUACCUUCCCCAGAGGAAAACUGAUGUCAGCAACAAUAGUAGCAGUGGUAACUGCCACAGUAGUGGAGACCCAAAUCCGAGCAGCAGCUCUGUGGGACAUUGCCAUGACGCAACUUCAGGCCUUGUUGGAGGGGGUGGACGGGUCGGUAUGACUGGUCUAGAUGGAAACCCCUCUUCCCUCCUCUCUUCCACUCCAACUACUUCUUCCUCCACAGUCUCUUCGUCGUCUUCUGCUCCUCCCUCGACCUCUGCCUCAGUCCUUGUCGCAAAUGGCUCACAGCUCCCCAAAUCUGAAAGUCUUGACCCUAUGGCACUUACAUCUUCUCAGCCUGAACCAGAGCCUCUGUACCACUGCGGGGAGUGUGGCAAAACUUUCACUCAUCUCUCCAGCCUCCGAAGGCAUCUACGAAGUCACGGUGUGUCUACUGGAGGUGGCAGCAUUAGCAACAGUAGUGCUAACCUUGACCCUAAUCAAGACCACCACCAAUCCGAUACCAGCCUCCCACACUCAACUCAGGAUUUAACCUCUCAAUCCAAUGCUCAUCAUCAACAACCACAACAAGCCCCUUUAAAUAACCAGCCACAACAGUCAAACCCAGCCCCCACUUCAUCUUCCUGCACUAGCCCUGAGAAGACUCACUGUUGCCCUGAAUGUGGAAAAGGAUUCAAGAAAAGGGGUCACCUCAUCCAGCAUGGUGUCAUUCACUCUGGGGCUCGUCCUUUCGCUUGCGCUAUCUGUCAGCGUGCUUUCAACCGCAGAGAGUCGCUGACUCGUCAUGAAAAAAUUCAUGAAGAAAAGCCGUAUCGCUGCCCAGCUUGUGGCCGAUGUUUUCGCGAGAGCACCUCUUUGCUCAACCAUGCAGCUUCAGGCACUUGUGGCAAGCCAGGAAGGAGAUCACGACCCAGGAAGAAAAAUAACUCUGCUGCAGCUGAUGGGCAAAAGGGUAAGGCAGGAGCAGUAGGUGCAGCGGGGAUGGUAGUGGGAGACUACCAGAGGGGACAGCUUGGAGGUGGGGAAGUGGCUUAUGGGAAGACUGAAGAGGGCAGUGAUGGAAUAGUAGGCUGUGCAAUGGGGAUGGAGGAAGAAGACAAGGUUGGAUUGUCAUGCGAGGGUCUGUUCCACCAGGGACGAGGGGGAAAUGCAAAUAGUGGGAGUAAAACUGAAGAUAAGUACUGUCCUGAUUACUCAAGGAAUUGUUACCAAGCGCCCUAUCGGAGUGACGACUACCGUGGGGAUUACAAGCAAAAUCGAUUGCAAAAUAACCCUUCUCCUUGUUAUCCUGAUGGACCAUCUUGUGGAAAUGGGAUGACUGGCCCAGCACUUAGGAAGGCACCCCUAGCUCCCACCCUGCACCCACAUCCUCAGAGUCAAGGUCAGCAGCAGCAGCAGCAUCAACAACAGCAGCCUCAUCUUCCUCUCUCUUCUCUCUUGGUUGACACUGAAGAUGAUGUUACCAGCUCUGUCAGCAGUGCCAUGUCUGCUAUUGCAGCUGCUGCUGCUGCCUCCUGUAUGCCAGGCGAGCUUAACAGUGGUGGAGGUCAAAGUGAGGAAAGGAGAGAUAUCAUUGGAGGGUUGCUAGGUGGGCUUGGCUUUGGGCCUGUGGGGGCUUCACCAGGUGGUCCUUCAUCAACAGUUAGUAUGGAUAAGUCUUACAGAGGAGGUGGUGGAAAUGAGGAGUGCAUGGGUACCACUGUGAUGACUUUAACAAAUCAAAACCAACAACAGCAGCACCAGCAGGCACCAAAUGCGAAACCCAAGCGGCCUCGUAAGCCCCGUCCAAAGAAGGAGCCUAAGCCCGGAGGAAGUGGAGAGGUCAAACGAAGACGCCGCAACCAGAAUGCUGGAGGGCCCCGCGGGGAAGGUGCCGAACGACCAUACCUGUGUAGCGUCUGUGGUCGUGGUUUCAGUCGACGCGAGACCCUUCGGCGUCAUGACCGCAUUCACACGGGGGAGAAGCCAUACCAUUGUCAUGUCUGUGGAAAAGAUUUCCGGGAAGCUUUCCACCUCACAAAGCAUCGAACGGUUCACUCUGGCGAAAAGAAGUACAAAUGUGGCCAGUGUGGGAAAAAUUUUGGUUAUGCCCAGAGCCUGAAGAGACAUGGAAAACUACACCAGAAAGGAGAAUUUGGAGAUACAGCAGGAGCGAAUAACAGUUCUGCACAAACCUCUGGAGGAAGCCAAGGGAGUGAUCAAGGAAACACUGAUUCGUACUAUUAUUCUCAGGACAAGUCUCAAGGAUCCAACACCCAGCCCCCUCCGAGGCUCUUCACUUGUGGCGUUUGCUGGAAGUCCUUCCGUCAUCACUCUCACCUGACUGCCCAUCAUCAAGCUGUCCAUGAAGGUGGGGAAAAACAUUAUUGCUGUGAAGUGUGUGGAAAAGGUUUUGCGUAUGCUAACAGCUUGACAAGACACAGGCUCUCUCAGCAUGGGCUAACACGGACAGGGCAAACACAGCAGUCAGGAAGUGGAGGCGGCGUUGCAGGAAGUGCUGAAGGAAGUUCUGGAGUAAGUGGAACAUUGUCUGAAAGUGAAGAAGCCACAAAUACCCUUCUUCAUCAGCAGCCCCACGUUGGUGUUCCCCCUACGCAACAACCUCCAUCUGGCUACUCCUCUCUCUUCUACCAGCCGGAAUCGGGCUCUUCCCACCCUUCAGCCUCCAGUGCCCCUCCCCACUCUCACCCCAUCCAGACCUACUCCACUCAUACCCCCCUGUCCCAUCACCAGCAACUUGCAGAGGUAAAGGGGGAGCCUGUUUAUCCAGCUGGUUCCAAUAAUGUCCUCAAUCUCGCUCCCCCAAGUAUGCAUCUGCCACUCUCCCAACAGCAGCAAACACAGUCCCAACAACAGCAGCCGGUUGAGAUUCAGCCUCCACAUCUGCAACAGGGGGAGCUCCAGGCACAGAGAAACGCAAUUAAGCUUAAGAAGAAGAAAAAGAAGAAACGUGAUAAAGCAUGCCAGGACAUUACAGGAGAGUCUUCAGGCAGCACCAGAGAGGGGAAGGGGUAUGGUGACAAAGUGGUAUCUGCAAGAUUCCGAAAGGAUGCAAAGAGAAGACGACUGCUGAAGGGAAAGAGAGGAAGAAUCCACCAGCUGCUGCUUAAGAAGAAACAGCUGGUUCAGUUUCUGAAGGUGAGAGCAUGGGGAAGAACACGGUAUGGAGGACAAACCGUUGGACAUCUGUCAUCUUUGGAUGUCCCCCAAAAGUGCUUCCCAUGCCCGUGUUGUCCACAUACAACUUUCCCCCGUCGAGCUGCAUUGUUGGUCCAUCGUGCUGCUCGGCACCCUCCGUUAUCUAGUGGCCACCAAGCAUGCCUGCGGUGCCGUGUCUGUGGAAAACGCUCUCGUAAGUUACUAGCAGCCCUUGGCCAUCGGAGCGUCCAUCUUGCCCAAGGGACUUUCUCUUGCCCACGAUGCCCCUCUCGUUUCUGGAACGGUGCCCUUCUGAAGAGGCACAGGGCUGCUUGUCGAGGCGUUGGCGGAGGACGAGGUGGUGACUGGGGAGUGAGAACGAAGUCAACGACAAAGAGGACGGUAAAGUAGAAACAUGAGAUGACGGGACUGCAUUGAUGACUGAACAAAGAUCUAAGUAUUUUUGUAAGCCUGAGAGAGUUUUAACUAAAAGUGGUGGAUGAGAUUUUUAAAAUGUAGGGGUGGGGGGGAAACGGGCAACUCCAUGAGCUGGUGCUGGGUUAAUACCCUAUCUGCUUCCCUCUCCGUCAGUACACUCUGGAUUACAGCAAAAGGGAGCACACUUUUUUAUGGUUCAAACUAACCCCCAAAGAGAAACCUCUUUAAACAUGGAUUUCUACCAUGGCUUCAGAGUUGUAAGAAGAUUUUAAAUCUUGUGACUGUUUUCACAGCACCACAAUCCUUUAAAUGUAUUCAUAUUAUCCCUUUAUGUCGACUGACACUGUGUUAGGAUAAUAGAUGCACACAUAUAUCCGUGAAAUAAUCCUAAUUAUACUUUUUUAUUCCAGUUUAUUUUUUUGUCCCAUUAUUCAGCAAUUUCACAGUUAAGUCUCUGUCUCCUCUGUGUGUACUAUACGUAGUUGAUGUUCCCUGUGGAGAUGUACUUGAGUUUUUUUUUACGUACAUGUGUUUGGUCUGGACCUUAAGGCAGUUUGGACAGUCAGUUUGCCAGUACCUAUUAGAUAUAUUCUCAGUGCAUAAUGAUAAAUUAGAUAAUUAAUUUUACUAUGAAUCAUGCAUUUUGUCUAACUGGAACAGGUCAUCAAUCAGUUGCAUUAAUUUUCAGUACUAAAAAUGUCGCAUCACAGGAUUAAAUAAAACUAAACGAUUCAAAUUACAAAGGUAGUACCAAGUGACAGAUGUCUUGGUUAGUCUGAUGUUUUUUGUUUUUGGUUUUUUACAAACUUCUUUCACUUGACAAAAAACAAAUCAAAAGCCUUGUAAUAAUGGAACUUGAUAUCAUAGAUGGUUGAACUUUUGUAAACAGCAGUUAAAAUGUUGACAGAUGGGAACAAGUGGACUUGUAUAAUGCGUAUUAUAUUUUAUUGUUCUUGUAUUAUGCUUUUUAUUCUAUGUAUAAUUUCUGUUACUGUAUCACUAUUUGGUGGGUGGGAGGAAGGUGGGGAUUGUCAGUUUUAGAAGAGGUGUGAGUGAAGUGUAGUGUGAUUAUCCUCUGUUCAUCUCCCAACACAGAAGUUAGCAGAACUCCCUUUUAAACAUAUACACAUUCAGCCCUUUACUGUGCAACAACCCUGUUCAUAAUCCUUC